AUGGCUGAAAUACUCAAGCCCGACGGCAAGCCCACCGCACCUACGGCAGACUCCAACCUCGAAGCCCUGGGGUAUACAGCCGAGCUGUCCCGCAACCGAUCAACAUGGCAAGUGGUGUUCAUGUGCUUCAUCCUGGCCUCGGUACCGUAUGGUUUGUCCACGACUAUGUCGUACUCGUUGAUCGGCGGCGGCUCGGCCAAUAUGGUCUGGGGCUGGAUCCUGGUCUCCCUCAUUAUGCUGUGUGUAGCCGUGUCUUUAGCUGAAAUCACCUCCGUGUACCCGACCGCCGGCGGCGUCUAUUACCAGACUUUUGCCCUGUCGCCGUCCUGGUGUCGCCGCGCAUCGGCUUGGGUCUGUGGCUGGUCGUACGUUGCGGGCAACAUCACCAUCACCCUGGCGGUGAAUUUCGCGACCGCGUUGUUUUUCGUCGAGUGUCUCAAUGUCUUUGAAGAUGCGUCGGGCGCUGGCAUCGCGGAGAAUUUUCAGACAUAUCAGACCUAUCUUAUUUUCGUUGCUAUUACGUUUAUCUGUCAUGCGAUCCCGGCGUUUGCGAACAGAUGGUUGCCGUGGAUUGAGUACUUUGCAAUCUUCUGGACCGUGAUCGGGGUGACAGCCAUCCUUAUCACGAUCCUAGUUGUUGCACAUAACGGUCGACGGUCGGCGGAAUGGGUCUUUACAUCGUUCGAACCCCAAUCAGGCUGGCCUGAUGGGUGGUCGUUCUGUAUUGGCCUGCUGCAGGCCGCAUAUGGUCUAUCGGCGACUGGAAUGGUCACAUCUAUGUGCGAGGAAGUCCGCAAACCCGCCAUUCAAGUCCCCCGCGCUAUUGUCGGUGGCAUUCUGCUGAACGCGUUAGCCGGCGCCGCCUUUCUCAUUCCGAUUGCAUUUGUACUGCCCGACAUUGCCAUGCUAGCACAAAUUCCCUCGGCGCAGCCCGUACCGACCAUCGUCAAGUCGGCGACCGGCAACUCUGCAGGAGCGUUUUGUCUGCUAAUCCCGUUGAUUGUUCUCGGUCUGAUCUGUGGACUGGGAUGUGCCACGGCAACUUCACGAGCCACGUGGGCGUUCGCCCGUGAUGGAGCCAUUCCCGGCUCUACCUGGUGGAAAAAAGUGGACAGGUUCACGCAGAUUCCUUUGAACUCGUUGCUCCUGGGAAUGGUCAUUGAGUUACUUCUCGGCUUAAUCUACUUUGGCUCGAGUGCUGCGUACAACGCCUUUUCUGGUGUCGGCGUUAUCUUCCUAACGCUGAGCUAUGCAUGCCCCGUGAUAGUCUCUUUGCUUCUUCGCGGCCGUCAAGAUCUCCAGCGUGGAUCUUUCAACCUUGGACCACUUGGGUCUUUCUGUAACGUUGUUUGCAUUGGAUGGUGCCUCCUUGCCAUCCCACUCUUUUCUAUGCCCACGUCUGCGGCCGUCACCAAGGAUACCAUGAAUUAUGCCUCGGUUGUGUUUGUCGGGUUUGUGUUGAUUUCGGCCCUGUGGUAUUGGGUAUGGGGUCGGAAGAACUAUGUCGGCCCUGUCCUGGAGCCGCUGGAUACUUAA